GUCGAGCCUUCCCCUUCUCAGUUCCCUGCAAGAAGAGCUUGAAGGCGGCGGACAUGGAGACUGAGCCCCGCCUCGACGGCGCCGAUACGGCCGCCCGGAGCAAGAAGCGGAAGAAGGACAAGCUCAGCGCUUCGAUCGAAGUCCUCCACGACCACCCCGACAAGUCCGCUCCCCUCGUCGGCUACUUCCCCUCCGGCUUCGACCCCAUAGGGGACGGCGCCGGACUCCCUCCCGGGGUCACCGUGUGCAGGAACAAAACCAAGCCCAACAGGCUGAACCUCGUGGUGAGCCCUCCCGGCUCCACUGUCGAUUUCGUUGGGUCCAGCUUCGAGGGCGAGUCCGUCGCCGUUCAGCCCUGCACCUAUGCCCUCGGAGUCCUCGAUAAGGAAACCGGGUCCCUCAGGGUUGUCCCGAUUGCUUCCAAUAAGAUAUUGAGAUUGGAACCGAAAGUCAGGUCCAAUGUGGUGGAAGACGAGCGGUCGGAGUUGAAGGGAGAACUUUCUGCUAAGGAGAGAAUGGACAAAGUUAGGGAGCUCACAAAUCUUUACGGAACAAAGAAGUCGAUUACUCAAGCUAAGAAGUUGCAGUCUCUACAACAAGAAGAUGACCCGAAUUCCCAGAAUGAUCUAGACAAGAAGAUCAAAGAAGUUGAGAUAAACAAGGAGGCCCUUGAAAGUAGUGGGGCUGAAAUUGCCCGCAACAUUCCACCUUAUAACUUGGCUGCCACCGAUCCCAAGGAGGCCUAUCCCGUGGAGAAAAUUAUACUCGGUGGCGAGUGGGAUCACAUUACAGAUAUUCUUGAACUUGUCAAAUGGGAAAAAAAAUUAUCACCAGAUGAUUACCCGGAGUUUGUCCGCAAUAGAGUCCAUAAGCUGGAAGAGACUAAGGACGAGUUUGAGAAGAACACACUUGGGGGCAUACUAUCGUAUAUCACUCAUCUCGUGAAGUUCAGGGACCGGUUCUCUGCUGAUGGGAUUAAAUCUGCGAAGAAGCAUACCUUUCCUUCCAUUCUCUUCCAGAGAUUCUCAGCUCUCUUCACUGUCCCCGAAUCCAAGUUGAUGCCUGCUGAAAAGAUCAAUCUGCUUAUAAGCUACAUCCUUGUCCUUUGUCUUUUUGUGGACGAUUUCAAGACAGACCCCACAGACAUUGCCAAGGAUUUGAGGAUGAAACCAGUGACACUGAGACCGCUUUUUGAGAACUUGGGGUGCAAGUUAUCAGUGCAGAAGAUGACUGUGUAUGCCAAGCUUCCUGUCCCCCUCAAAUUCCCAGAGCUAAGGCGGCGGCGGAGGCGUUGAAUGCUGAUAACUGCUCAUCAUUUUGUGCAUCGAGCAAGUUUUUGCCUCCUUUGAUUUAUCCACAUGAGUAUGUAACCUCUAGAACCCUAAUUUUCGUCAUAUCUUCAGUUGGAACAGCAAUGUCAGCAAUGUCGGCAAAAUUCAUCAGUUUUUAUCAGUUAUGCGAGUUCAUCUCUGAAGUUGAGUUUUACACUA